UCCUCUACAUAUACUUUAGCCAGGAGCCUUUCAUUACCCCCAUACUCAAAUGACCCAUGGAACCACUGCUAUCCCAUCGAUCUUAUUCAUUGCCAAACUCACAGUAAUACUCGCCCUGUGAUGCCCCCUCUCCUGAGGUAUCAAGAACUGACCUUCAAGCGGGUCGGCGAAGCCAUCGACCUCUUCCGACAACUGUUCGAGGGGUUGUUAUUUCUACACCGACACUAUAUUGCUCAUAGAGACUACACAUCACGCCACAUAGCGAUGCUUGCCGAAUGUCCUUGGCCUCAAUACUACGUCACGCUAUCUCCGGCCUCUCAAGCAUACGAUCCCAACGAGGAGCUACUUGCCUUUCCAUACGUAGGUGGGGAUAUGUCAAUCCCAGAGUAUCGGGAGGGGCUCCUCGGCCUGCAUGACCCGUUCGCCAUAGACGUCUACUGUUUAGGCAAUCUGAUAAAGAGAGACUUCAUUCAGCUUUACUCCAACUUGGACUUCAUGAGCGACCUUGUCGCGGAAAUGGUCCAUGACGACCCGGGAAGACGCCCGCCCAUGGACGAGGUCAUGGAGGAAUUUGAGAAGGCCGUUGGGGGCCUGACGAUCAAGACGAUGAGAAAACGGCUCCGGAGGCGACGUUCGCAUCUGAUCAACUUUCUCAUCAAGACCUGCUCUUGAUACCCUCGCUAUCUCGUUUCUCUACUUUCGCUGUUGUUAUACCCUC